GCCGCUGUGGACCGGCUGGAUGGGACGCGGAUAAAAUGUUUGGUCACCUGAAGUUCCGGGGGUUAACAACCAUGUCAGGGGUCGCUCGUUUUAGAAAAUGAUUGCUGGCAGCAUCGACGGUAAAAUAAUGGUCAGAAGAUGUCUAGUAACGUUCAAGCCGUUCAGGAUAUUCGUGGUGGGAAUAGGCUUUUUCAGCCUGUGCUUUCUAAUGACCUCUCUUGGGGGCCAGUUUUCAGCGAAGAGACUCGGGGACUCCCCCUUCACCAUCCGCACAGAAGUGCUGGGAGGUGUGGAGUCACGCGGCGUGCUGAGGAAGAUCAGUGACAUGUUGGAGGUGAUUCUGAAGAGGAUGGACAGCCUGUCCAAACUCGACAACACCUCCUCCACGGACGCCAAGCGCCUGGAUGAGCUCAGCUCUGCCAUCAACAGGUUUCAACCAGCAGGCCUGGUGGAGAGGAUCCAAGCUAUCGCCCAAAAUGUCUCAAACAUGGCCGUCAGGGUGGAGCAGAUACUGCAGAACAGCAUGGUGCAAGGCAGAGCAAUGAGAGACGGGACAUCCAGCCAGUGUGAAGUACCCAGAGACCCUCGCUAUCCAGAGUGUCCAGGAAAAGUCGAUUGGAUGCGCGCACGCUGGACAUCGGACCCUUGCUAUGCCUUUUACGGUGUUGACGGCUCUGACUGCUCCUUCCUCAUUUACCUGAGUGAGGUUGAGUGGUUCUGCCCUCCACUGGUCUGGAGGAACCACAGCAGUCCCCCCACCCAACACACACACCAGGCGAAGCCCACCAAGAGACAAGCUGCCUUUCGCACAGACCUCUCUGUGCUGCUCGACCAGGUGGGAACAGGAAAAGAGUCUCUCAGUUUCAUGAAGCGUCGCAUUCGCCGACUCGCGCUGCAGUGGGGAACGGCUGCCAACCGCCUCGAUGCCAAACUGGGACAGCGAUGGAGGGACCAAAAGAAGAUCCUGGUCCAUGUCGGCUUCCUAACAGAAGAGUCUGGAGAUGUUUUCAGUCCCAAGGUGCUGAAGGGCGGGCCCCUGGGGGAGAUGGUCCAGUGGGCCGACAUUCUGACGGCUCUUCAUGUUCUGGGACACAACCUCAAGAUUUCCAUGUCUGUCAAGGAGCUUCAGGGAUUCCUCGGCGUGCCUCCAGGCAGAGGCAGUUGCCCACUCACCGGUCCAUUGCCCUUUGACCUCAUCUACACCGACUACCACGGCCUGCAGCAGAUGAAGCAACACAUGGGACUCUCGCUGAAGAAACACAAAUGUCACAUCCGAGUGAUCGACACGUUUGGAACGGAGCCGGCGUACAACCACGAGGAGUACGCCACUCUGCACGGCUACCGCACCAACUGGGGCUACUGGAACCUGAACGCCCGGCAGUACAUGACCAUGUUCCCUCACACACCAGACAACUCGUUCAUGGGCUUCGUAUCGGAGGAGCUGAACGAGACGGAGAAGAGAAUCAUCCAGCAGAAUAAAGUCAACAACAUGGCUGUAGUUUACGGGAAAGAGGCCAGCAUGUGGAAGCUUCAGCAGGGCAAGGAGGGCUUCCUGGAGAUUCUCCACGGGUACAUGGAAGUCCACGGCACGGUGUACUACGAGACCCAGAGACCUCCAGAGGUCCCGGCCUUCGUGAAGAACCACGGCUUGCUGCCGCAGCAUGAGCUGCAGCAGCUGCUGCGCAAGGCCAAGCUCUUCAUUGGGUUUGGGUUUCCUUAUGAAGGCCCGGCGCCUCUCGAAGCAAUCGCCAACGGCUGCAUCUACCUGCAGCCCAAGUUCAGCCCUCCUCACAGCUCACUCAAUCAUGAGUUUUUCAGGGGCAAGCCCACAUCAAGAGAGGUCUUCUCUCAGCACCCGUAUGCAGAGCAAUACAUCGGCAGGCCUCACGUUAUGACUGUGGACUAUAACAACUCCCUGGAGUUCGAUACCGCGAUCAGAGAAAUCAUGAGGACAAAGGUUGAGCCGUACCUGCCUUAUGAGUACACCUGUGAGGGGAUGCUGGAGAGAGUCCAUGCCUACAUCCAGAAUCAGGAUUUCUGUGCCCCAGAGCCUCCCUUCAUCGCAGCCAACCUCUCCAGACAGGGGUCUGCCGGUGGCAGCAGGAUGACAGGCCCUCUCUUUGUGCCCCUGCCCAACUCCACAGCUCUUGGCUGGGCAUCCAACGUGACGGCUCCAGCUGCCUGGCCCCCGCUCAGCUCCCUCAGGCUGCUCGUAUCUCAGGAGGGCCAGUCGUGUGUGGACGCCUGUCAGUCAGCCGGCUUCAUCUGCGAACCUGCACACUUCCGCUUCAUCAACAACAAGGAGGCGCUGCGCUGGUUGGAGGUGCAGUGCGAGGUGGUCGACUCGGAGAUCAACCACAUCCUCCCGGCCUUCUCCGUGAUGCGGCGGGAGUGCGGCCUUCAGCGGGAGCCGCUGCUCUUCAGCUGUGCAGGACACUCCCCUAAAUACAGGCGUCUGUGCCCCUGCAGGGACUUCCGCCGUGGACAGGUGGCACUGUGCAGAGACUGUCUAUAAUGACGGGACGACUGAAGGACGGAAGGAGAAACCGACACAGAUUGGUGGGGAGGAAAGGGACACUGGAAGGCAGCCACAGGCCACAACAAGCGCAGGGUUGUGACAAAUUACACAAUGGUGAAAAGGCAGUCCCUCCCCCAAAACAGUAAAUGUAGACUGAGGAGGAACAGGCAUGCAUGAAUAUGGAGAGCUAAGACAUGUAUAAGUGAGAACUGCGAAUGAUUGUAGAUUGAUGUAACAGCUGCACGAAGCUGGAGACGCAAAUCGGUCCGAUUUUCUGCCCCGAUCCCCUCUGGGGGUCAUAUUGGUGACCACAAGACGGUUUUCUUGAGAUUUUGACAGGUGACGAUGUCCACAAUAUUCCAGGUUUUAAACUGCGGUCCCCCCAAAACUGGUUUUAAGUUCGGAAUCACACACUUUAAAAACCGUGACUGCAGAGAAAGAGAGUAUUGGGUUUCCAGAGUCAUUUCAUGAUAGAGUCUUCAAAUAUCUUGGUUUGGAGAAGGCAACCUUGGGUCAAUAUCCAAUCUCCUCCCUGCACUUGGACAAAGGAUGAUGGACAACCAGGUUAUCUCCUGAGCUUUUUCUCCCCUCCUCCAAUGAUGGACAGAGUCAUUUAUCAGACUGAAACCCAAGUCUGAGGUAACAUCAGUCAAUGCAAUCAUCUUUGGUCAAAGAAGGAAAGAGGAGACGAGAGGACAAAGAUAAAGGGCACAAGAUUAUUUUUCAAUAAAUAAGCCUUUAGAGUGCUCAACCUGAUUUUUAAAGAGUCCUCUGGGCUUUGUGAUGGAAAAAUCAUGAAAUAAAAA